AUGAUCUACUCCUCACAAUACCCCUCGGUACCACUUGCCGAUGAAGCCGUCCAUCACACGAUCCUGCGCGGUAUUCGUGAGCAGGCGGCCAAGAAUCCCGACAAGCCGGCAUUUAUCGACGCAUUUGACUACGCGGAGCGUAUUUCAUACGGGCGACUAUUGGUCGUGGUGGACACAAUCUCCGCCUUCCUGCACAAUCGUGGAUUCCGUCGUGAGACAGCUGCCGUUGUCCUUCCAAAUUGUUGGCAAUGGCCGGCAUUCUUUCUGGCAGCUCAAAAGAGAGCCGGUGUCGUCUCGGGAGCAUCAGCUCUAUUCACUGACUACGAGCUUCAACGUCAAUUCCUCGACUCAAAGGCCAGUUUGGUGUUGACGGGUGAAGAAUCACUGGAUAAAGUAUUGAAAGCAGCUGCUCAUUGCCCACUUAUAAAGACAAUUCUGGUAGUGGAGAAGCAGAAGGGAAAUAUUAGUGGGAGAAAGACCCUUCCAAGCCAUGUGUUUACAUGGGAACAAGCAAUGGAAACGAAGGGAUCUCCUCCCGCUGAUGAAUCUAUUCAUUUGGACGAUGAUCUGACGAUUCUACCUUAUUCAAGCGGCACUACUGGGUCCCCGAAAGGUGUCAUGAUUUCACACCGGAAUUUUGGAACGAUGAUAAGGAUCUAUACCGGCCAUAAUGAUCUUCGCAUCUCUCGUGUCGUCGAUCCGAACUGGGACAACGAAAAGGAGCAUUUGAACCUCUUCCUCCCGUUCUAUCACAUCUUUGGAUUCGCCGUUGUCCUGUCAUCACUCUACCUACGCUCAGUCGGCGUUAUCCACUCUCAUUUUGACCCGGAUGUCUUCUGCAAGGCUAUUCAGGACUUCAGGAUCCGAGGAAUAGCCCUAGUUCCACCAAUCCUCGUCUUCCUCGGCAAACACCCAAUCCCCGCGAAAUACGACCUCUCCUCCCUGGAAAUCAUUAUGUCAGGCGCCGCCCCCGCCGGCAGAGACAUUUGCGAAGAGGUCCAACGCCGAUUCCCCUCCCUGAAAUACAUCGUACAAGGCUACGGCAUGACCGAGCUUUCCCUAGCCUCGCAUUUCCCCGAUUUGCACCAAAAGCAAAAGUUUGGUGCUACGGGGCGAUUAAUUGCGAACAACCAGAUGAAGAUUGUCGAUCCGGUCACAAAAAAGAUUUGCGCGGUUGGCGAACGGGGAGAGCUGGUUAUAAAGGGCCCCACGGUAAUGAAGGGAUACCUUGGGCGAGAUGAAGCAACCCGAGAAUCAAUCGUUGAUGGUUGGCUACACACAGGAGAUAUCGGAUAUGUUGAUGAAGAUGGAGAUCUAUUCGUUGUCGAUCGUCUGAAAGAAUUGAUCAAAGUGAAAGGACUACAGGUACCACCAGCUGAAUUAGAAGACCUUCUCUUGUCACAUCCUAAGAUUCGGGAUGCGGCAGUAAUCGGAAUUCCCGACGCAAGGGCCGGCGAAUUGCCCAGAGCAUAUGUCGUGAGAGCAGACGAUAGUCUCACCGAGCAAAUGGUUGCCGAUUUUGUCAAGGAAAAGGUAUCUGCCUACAAGCAGCUAAAGGGAGGCGUCGAAUUUAUUGACGAGGUACCGAAAUCGGCUGCCGGCAAGAUCCUACGGCGAACACUACGUGAUCGAGCGGCACGGCGUGCCAAGCUU